CAUAGGAAGUGUUGUGAAGAGAAUAGCAUCGGAACAAGAUUUUUUGGUGGCUAGAUUGCGAAAACCAAAACAACAGUUCGAGAGAAGAACAAACAAACUUUAGAAAAGACUUCCUUCCGUCCGUGCGAUCCACUCGUUAAGAACAACGCCACUUGCUUGUGAAACGGUUUCGAAUUCUUAAGCUGAACGAGAAAGAAUCACAUCGCCGACAUGUCGAACAAUCAAAACAACUCAGGGGUCCCCAAUUGGGCGCUGUCGCCAUCUCAACAGCAGCAGCAGCAGCAGUACAAUCCUCAACAGCAGCAGCAGCAGCAGUACAAUCAUCAACAGCAGCAGCAGCAGCAGCAACAACACUAUCAGCAACGUCCUCCCCCGCAACAGCAGCAACGUCAACCUCAUCCGGCCGCAGCGCCCCACCCGCAACAGCAGCAGGCUGCCAUCCCCCAUGGCGCCGCAACGCCGCAGCCGUCGGCUCUGCAGCCGGUGGCGCCUUCCCAACCCAGCGGGGAAAACAAGCGCCGAAACGAGGCCGCCAACAAGGUAUUGGUAACCCGAACGCCGGACGAGGAAACCGAGGACGGACGGAUCCGGAAUCGGGAGGCCAUGGCAAAGAUCCGCGAUGCAUGGGUCUACAAACAGGUCCGGGAACGCGCACGGGAAUUCACCGAAUACCGACAGGCAAGUGUUUGGUUGCGGAUCGGAUCGGAAUGAGAAUAUUUGUGUGUUCCUACGGCGUUCACCGCGUUGUCGCUGCAAAUGUCUGCACCUGUGGGUUUGAAAGGAAAAGAUUGCAGCCUCGAGUCCAAAAUUGAAACAAGCAAUGGAAUAUCUGUAGAUUUCAUCUUUCUCACACAGUUUGUUCUUGUUUUGUUUUUGAAACUACCCAUCAACUCUGGUUCGACCCAAUGCCUGGUUUAUCAAUCCAAAUGGAAUCAUUCCAAUACCACAGUCUACCAUUUUUGUUGGUACCUGGAACGUCAACGCCAAGGGCAAGGAAGAAUCCCUGCGCGAAUGGAUUUGCGGCGACUGGAUGCGCCACAAUCUCAUGCCGGAUAUUGUCGUGGUGGGGUUCCAGGAGAUCGUCGAUCUCAAUGCCGUCAACGUUGCGGUAGGAAACAAAACGGAGCAGAGGACCCAGUAUUGGUCGGAUCAGCUCCUGCAGACUCUGAAUCCUUCACACAAUCAGCACGGCCAGCCCUUGGCACCACAAUACUCCCUCGUCAUGCAACGGAGCCUGGUGGGAUUGUUGAUUUGUUUGUUUGUCAAGGUCCAGCAUAGACCUCGAUGUAAGGCGGUUGCUAGCGAUUCGGUCGGCGUCGGUGUUAUGGGUAUGAUGGGUAACAAGGGUGGGGUCAGUGUUCGCCUCCAAUUUUACGACUCGAAUAUUUGUUUUAUUUGCAGCCACUUGGCGGCCCACCGAGAAAACGUUGCGGGACGAAAUGCCGAUUUUCUAAAUGUACUUCAAAAGACAAGCUUCGAGGUAGGCGAAGAAGUGGUUCGGGAAACCAUCCGCAACGGGUCCAUGAGCCAAUGGGCCCUCGGUACUUCCAGCGUAAGCGCUACUGAUCACGACGUCGUCUUUUGGCUCGGAGAUCUGAACUACCGCAUCGACGAGAGCAUGCCAGUCGAAAAAGUACUGGAGCUGUCGAUCCAAAAGCGACUGGAUCCCCUGCGCCCCCUCGAUCAACUCAACGUAGAGCGGAAAGAGGGGCGGGCUUUCCAGGGCUUCGAGGAAGGGGUCCUGAAUUUUGUUCCGACCUACAAAUACCAGCCGGGGACAGAUGUCUACGAGCAGCGCCCCGAAAAGAAAUUGCGUGCCCCGGCCUGGUGUGAUCGAAUCCUAUGGAUGAGCCCUGACGAUCCCCAGCACAUUCAGCAACUCACUUACAACCGAAGUGAGACGCCAAAUUGUUCCGAUCACAAACCAGUGUACUCGACCCUGCGCUGCACCGUGAAGGACGUGGUGGUGGAAAAGCGUGAGCGGAUCUACAAGGAACUUCUGGGCCUCUUGGAUCAAUUCGAAAAUCAAUCCCUUCCGAUGGUCGGAUUGGAUACCACCGAACUAGACUUUGGGGCAGUGCGAUACGAGCAAUCCGUCACUCUGCCCAUUCGGAUUACCAACACCGGAAAAGUUUGCGCCCAGUACCGGUUUGUUACGAAACUCGACGAGGUAUGUUUUUUGCUUUUGCUGUCGUUUCUUAUAUCUAGAAUCUGUUGAUACACAGCGUGUUGGAUCGCAUUGAAUUCGUGUACAAUUGUUUACGAUAUGAGUCAUUCACACAAUGUUCCAUUGCAUUUUACCCUUGUCGAUAUUUUUCACAAUAUCUAUGUUACGGCAAUAUUGUCAACAAUUUUUUAGAAUUUUUUGUGCAAGUCUUGGAUGACCAUAACGCCAACGUAUGGGAUGCUUAUUCCGGGAGAAACUGCUGCCACUAUCAACGUCACAGUAACGAUUGACAACAAGACCGCACAGUUGUUAAAUGGGGGGAGGGAGGUAUUGGAUGAUGUACUCAUCCUGCGAUUAGAAAAUGGGCGCGAUUACUACAUUACGGUGAAAGGAACGUAUGCGAGAUCGUGCUUCGGGAUGACCCUCGACGAGAUGGUCCUGUACAAGGACCCCAUCCGCACCAUUCCGCUCGACCCAAUCGAACGUGCCGGUCAGUUCCCCAACGAGUCGGAUAUCAGCCCUAGCAAUGCCUUGUGCAUUCCGAAAGAGCUUUGGCGAGUUGUAGAUGCAAUUUACGAAAAAGGAUUGCAAACCCCAGAACUCUUUUCUACAGCUGGAAUCCCCGCAGAGGUAGCGCACAUCCGCGAAGCGCUCGACACCGGUUCUCCCUUCUCUUCGCCUUACUCAAUCCACUCGUAUGUGGAGUGUUUUACCAAAUUGUUGUCGUCGCUCUCCGCUCCAGUUAUACCCCCGAGCAUGUUUCCAAUGGUCGAGAUCAAUUCCGAAAACAUUCAAUCGAUGUCCCGUAAAUUCUUGGAAGUAUUGACGCCGGUACACUACAAUGUACUGGUCUAUGUCAUGUCCUUCUUCCGAGAAGUUUUGCUCUAUAGAGACAGGAAUGGACUGACAGCAGCCAAAAUAGCCCGCAUUUGUUGCCAGUGUUGUUCGCCAACUCCUGCCAAUGUCGUCUUAGAGACUACCAUGGUCCAACGGCAAGCAGGAAUGCAUCUAAUUUUGCUACACCUUCUAGAAACAAGCUCAAUUUAACACGUACUAAAAAGUCACUAAAAAC